CACGUGCCGGGGGGGGCGGUCCGGCGUUGCCUUGGCAGCGGCGCCGGCGGCUCGGGCUCGUUGGCGGCGGCGGCGGCGGCUCCAGCGCAGUCGGCGGGGCUGAGCGGACCCGCCCGGGCACUGCCCCCGCCGCGGCGCCAUUGCUUUCAUCAUGAGUUCCGAGUUAAAUGUCCCGGCGGAUCCUGCCACUCCUGCUUGCGGCUCUGAACCUGGCACAAAGGGCAUGGAUUAUCGGGACUGGGUCCGACGUAGCUAUCUGGAAUUGGUCACUUCAAAUCAUCACUCUGUUCAGGCCCUCGCAUGGAGAAAACUGUACCUGAGCCGAGCCAAGCUCAAAGCUUCCAGCAGAACGUCUGCUUUGCUCUCUGGAUUUGCUAUGGUUGCCAUGGUUGAGGUGCAACUAGAGAUGCAGUACAAGUACCCCCAAAUGCUGCUGAUUGCGUUCAGUGCCUGCACAACAGUGCUGGUAGCAGUUCAUCUCUUCGCCCUUCUCAUCAGCACCUGUAUACUACCUAACGUGGAAGCGGUGAGUAACAUACACAACCUGAACUCCAUCAGUGAAUCUCCACAUGAACGCAUGCAUGUCUACAUAGAGCUGGCCUGGGGUUUCUCCACAGUCUUGGGAAUCCUCCUUUUCCUCGCUGAGGUGGUGCUUCUGUGCUGGAUAAAAUUUCUGCCUGUGGACUCCAUUAUGAAAAAUGAGACUACCAUCAUGCAAAAGCCCAGCGGCCAUGUGGGCUGGCAAGCAGCCCUGGUCUCCACCAUCAUCAUGGUCCCAGUGGGUCUGAUUUUUGUUGUCUUCACCAUUCACUUCUACCGUUCUCUGGUGCGGCACAAAACGGAGCGACAUAACCGGGAGAUUGAAGAGCUUCACAAACUGAAAGUGCAAUUAGAUGGACAUGACAGAGGGUUGCAGGUAGUGUGACAGAGGAACAGGGAUCUGUUUCAAAGCAAAUCAUUUUGCUGAUGCUAAGAGCAAAAUAAACAUUUUGCUAACAGGAGCAACCAAAACCAAUGAUGGAUUAUUUGGGGGUCUAACCAUCUAAAAUGCGAAUUGCCUGAUUUUUAGGGCAAUGGGUUCUAGUUCUUUUCCAAACUAAUGGGGUCUCUGGCCUAUUUCUGGUCCUACGCAAUUGUGUACUUAAGUUGAUACUGCCACCCAGUUAAAGCCCAAAACUUUAUCUACUUUAACAUUAUGUUCUGGAGGGUGGUUUCCAAAGUGUUAUAUUUUAACAAUGCAACCUUCUUUUGCCAAGAGUGAAAUUACUUGAUACUUCAAAAAAAGCCACUGUAGGACCUGUUUGUUUGGGUUAUUUUUAAGUGCCAGGGCUCCCUUGCUGGUUGUGCAGCAGCAAACUGACAAUGAUUGUUUCCAGGAUUGAGGUGAUAAGUAGUGCUAUCUACUACAAAUCUAAGGACAUUUUGAAAGCACUGCAGAACGUGGGUGUUUGUCAUCUUUAUUAUAAAAUGGGUGUUACAGAAACAGGUCACUAGAAUGGUGCAAGAGGUUAGAAAUCAGCAGUCUUAGUACAUAUGUCCUCCUUUUGCUAUCCUCUCUUGCUAGUACCUAACCCUGUUUUAGAAUAGGGGAGAGAGAAUUUCAGACUGGCAGAGGGCUGGGAAACUCUGUUUUGCCUGCUUUAGUAGUGUCCAUUCUUUUCCAAUGAAUGAACACCAGUAACAUUAGAAGGUCUUGAUCAUGAAAGUUUGUGUAUCUAGGGAAGGCUUACAGGUAUUUUCAUUUUAACAACAAAGACAUUGUUAAAACAGGAAACUAACUGGGAAUUUAAAAAGGUCUGGCAUAAAUUUUGAAGGACUAGAAAAGCAGAUUUAAAGGGGUGAGGAAAGAUAACAUCGCUGAAAUCUGUCACUGUGUUUUCUUCAUUUGCUUUAUAUAUACCAGAAUAAUUCGUGUUUUGCUGGCUUGGUUUGCCACAGAGGGCUUGGAGUCCAAAUCCCGUGCUUUUCCCUUGUUCUUUGUGCUAAUUGUGCCUGAGAGCUCUCAGCAUUCUUACCUCUUAGGGAAGAAAGCAUCUUGCAUUUUCUCAAAUAACACAUACCCCUUGUGGCACAUGGAGCUGCAUUUUUGUGUUUGGGGUGAGCUGCAUCCAGCCUUUGCCAUUCCAAAGGGAAAGCUGCAUGCAGUUAAAGUACCAUCACAUUUCGUGGCGUAUUUCAGUGGAGGGAAGGGAUUCUUGUUUAUGCUUGUGUAGCUUAGUGAGUGAAACUUGUAAAGCGCUGAAGCAUCUUUCUGGGUGAAAGUAUAAAUAGUCACAACUAAUUACAAUUACUUCAUGGGGAGGCAAAAUAUUCUUCUGCAAUCAGUAGCUUGAUUUUCAUUUUUAAAGGAAAAGUAACACUUAUUUCAGCUACAAAAAUAUGUCAAAAUAUUUAAGCAAAACUGUCCUGUCCUGUCUCAUCACACUAAGUAAUCUGCAGGAUGCUGCCAGUGCUAAUUUCAGGCCCUAUUCCCUUGCAUUCGAUAGUAGUUUUACAAUUUCUGCCAAUUCUUGAAUAGUUCUAAAAUAAUGGAAGAAGUUUGUGAUGUUCUGUUUAAUCCUUUCCCUUUAACCAGGGGUAUUUAGGAAAUACGUCCGUGUACUAAGUAUCAGAUUCCCAGCAUGGAGUGUGUGUGAAAUGAGUGCAGCAAGAUGUGAAUGUAUCUUUAAAUCUCUCUCUCUCUCUCUCUCUCUCUGACAAGUUCCAAUCUUUUUUUUCAUUUUAAUUCAGUCAUUCCUGAGCAAGCAGGUAGCACUCGUCUGUUUUUUUUUUAUCAGUUAUUCUCACCCUCAUCGACAUGGGCCAUGUUUACACAGGACUACCUACUGCUUUCUAAAUGCACAAUAUAAGGACCUUGUUUCUCGAAGAGGGGUAGUUUUAAAAUUCCUGCUAAAGCUCCCGAAUGUAAUUUCUGUGACUCUCCAUACCAAAUGCUACUGCACUUCCUUAUAUGUAGCACCUCUAGCCUAAGGACCCCAAAGUGUUUUGAAUGUCACACAGUAAUCUCUUCUUCCGUUAUAGAAAUGUAGCCACUAUUUGACAUUGCACAGGUACCCUAUGCAAGUUUUAGGAUGGAACUUUAAUACUGAUUGCAGUUGAAAUUGCUGGGAUAGUUUAAGGAAGUAGAGUAUAAUUCCCUGAUUUGGAGGUUGGCUAGGACAUUAGGGUUGAAUUCUGUCCCAUCUCCCCACAGUAAAAAUUAGUAUUAACCAGAUUAAUUAACCAUUAACAUGUUAACCAGAUCAAGAUCACAGUAAUGAAAAUCAGAGUUUCAAAUAUAGUAACAUGAAAUUUUUCACAACCCUAAGUGAAAUAGCUAGGCUGACUUACCGUUUUUGGUAUAGACCAGACCUCAAGUUGUGUCUAAGUAUGUCCACUAGAGCAGUGGUUCUCAAUAAGGGGUCCGGUGCCUCCUGGGGGACCGCGAUCAGGUUUGAGGAGGGCCGCCAAACCUGAGGGCCGCGAUCAGGUUUCAGGAGGGCCGCCAAUUAGACUUGCUGGGGUCCAGGGCAGAAAGCCAAUGCCCUGAGCCCCGCCACCCAAGGCUGAAGCUGAAGCCUGAGCAACUUAGCUUAAUGAGGCCCGCUGUCAUAUGGUGGUCCUAGGCAGUUGCCCUGCUUGCUACCACCUAAUUCUGGUCCUGCCUUUUUAUAUGCAGAAAAACAGUUGUGGCACAGUAGGCCAUGGAGUUUUUAUAGCAUGUUGGAGGUGGGAGGCCUCAGAAUGAAAAAGAUUGAGAACCCCUUCACUAGAGGCUAUCUCCUGCAGGCCAGUAGGAUGAUUUGGCCCUCCAGCCAUAUCAAAUAAUCCUCUGCCAUGGCAAAUAAAGUCAAAACACCACCAAGUAAGAUUGUGCCUUUUGCCCUCUUUAGGCCACAGCCCUGCCCUGUGUGUGUAUGUGUGUGGUGGGGGGCGGGGCAGUAAUCCUUUCCCUUGCAUCUAUAGUCCUUUUACUGCUUGGCUGCAGGGGUCUAUGACAGCCAGGCAUUCCUAUACCCUCUCAUCAGCUUCUUGCUAUGGCUUCUCUCCAGCUCCUGCCCAAAGAGUAGUGGUUCCUUUUCUCUUUCUCCCCGUGCCUCUUCGUCUUCCUCUAAUGUGUCUUCCUCAUCACCACUCUUGCAUAUAGACUCACUGACAUCUGUUCCUUAAAGGUUGCAUAUGGUGUCAGCCACAGCUACAGAAAUUGUAGCUGAUCUAAAAAAGGAUGUUUGGCAGCAUGGUGAAAUUCGGCCGUUUCCCAAGCCAUGUCUGAAGCAGUAUGAGCUUGUUUUAAUUAGACUUUUGCUAAGACUCCAUGGAGUUGAGCCCUAUUUUGGCCAGCUGUGUGUGUCUGAGCCACUAUGCCAAAAUCCAGCAGCUGCUGCUUGUCUUCACAUGAACAGGAUUUUCAGUAGUGAAGCUUUUAAGUGCCUUUCCUUCCAUUACAUUCUCAGUUGUCUAAAUUUACCAGUUGUCUUCUGUUUACUGCAUUUUUCCCCACUGCCUCUCGUUGCUAUCGUCCCUCUAUUCCAGAUUUCACCCCUGGGACCCCCCUAUACUGUAGAGCGACCAUUUGUCUUCAGCUCCCAACUGCUUGCUUCAUGAUUCCCAGGGCCACAUUCUGCUUAGAUCUAUCUUUGUUCAGGCUUUCUCUCUGCAGUCUUCUGCUGAGCCCCUCAUGGGCUCUGCUUCAGAUUCUCUGCCGCAGGGAGCCACCAGUGGUCUCCCUGCAGACCCCCCGAUGACUGUUUCUUCCCCAGGUCAUAUCCGAGUCUUCUCGGGCAGUUCCUUCCUUGGCUCCCUUUUAGCAGGGAACCAUGCAGGCCCUGGCCCAAGCCAUCCCUGUUGAGCCUUCCCAACCAGCUGCUGCUCUUCUCAGGUCUGUCUCCUCUGCUGAGGGAAGGAACCUACCUAGUACUUGUAAGGCCCCUCCUCUUCAUAGUGUCAGGGGUCAGGGCACCUCUUAUUACUUAUAAAAGAUGACAGUGAUCUCUCUCUCUCUCUCCUCUUUCACUGCCACCAAGUAUCAAGUUUAGAGUAUUUCUGAAAAGAGUGAGUUUGAGAACAAGGGCAUUAUUGUGGGAAAGCCUGGGGGAAGAGAUGGGCUUCACACUUGGCUCUGAAUACAUUGAGGUUAGUGGUGGUUCUGAUUUCUUCUGGAAGUGAGUUCCAUAUUCUUAGUCCAGACCCUGUCUCUCAUGGUUACAAACUUACACCUAUUGACCAACAGUAUCAUUGUUCCCAUGAAAACAUGGUGGCUGGGAGGUCCUUGUCACAGAGGGAGAUAUGUGGACUCAGGGGUUUGGGACCAGUUCUGUGUAGAGCUUUGAAAAUCAGACUGUGACUUUGAACUGGACUAUCUUCAUUGGGAAGCCAGUGCAGAAAGCAGUGUGUUGGGAUAAGAACGACCAUACUGGGUCAGACCAAAGGUCCAUCUAGCCCAGUAUCCUGUCUUCUGACCAUAGCCAAUGCCAGGUGCUUCAGAGGGAAUAACAGAGCAGGUGAAUAAGUGAUGCAUCCCCUGUUGCCCAUUCCCAGCUUCUGGCAACAGAAGCUAGGGAUACAUCCUGCCUAUCCUGGCUAAUAGCCAUUGAUGGACCUAUCCUCCAUGAAUUUAUCUAGUUCUUUUUUGACCCUGUUAUAUUCUUUGCAUUCACAACACACUCUGGCUAAGAGUUCCACAGGUUGACUGUGCACUGUGUGAAGAAAUACUUCCUUUUGUUGGUUUUUAAACCUGUUGCUUAUUAAUUUCAUUUGGUGACCUCUAAUUUCUUGUGUUAUGAGAAGGAGUAAAUAACACUUCCUUAUUCACUUCUCCACGCCAGUCAUUAUUUAUAGACCUCUCUCAUAGACCCCCUUCAUCAUCUCUUUUCUCAAUCUUUGAAAUCUCUCCCUCAUAUGGAAGCUAUUCCAUAUCCCUAAUCAUUUUGUUACCCUUUUCUGAACCUUUUACCAAUUCCAUACAUCUUUUUUGAGAUGGGGUGACCAUAUCUGCAUGCAAUAUUCAAGG